AUGAUUUUCGCAGCAAUGCCGUUCAACAAUCCAUCUUUGCAACAAGACGAUCAACUUAAGAAGAAGACAAUGAAGCGAUUAACCUGCCGCAAAUGCGAAGGACAUGGCUUCAUUUCGGUCCUGAAAGGACAUGCGGCUAUAUGUCCAUUCAACGAAUGCAGCUGUGAACGAUGCUCUUCGGUGAUGAGCAUGCGAGCGAACGCACUGAUUCGUCGUUUCCGCCAUCGACAACCCGGGCAGAAUCUUGCCGUGCUUAAGACGAUCCGCUCGAAAAAUGGCAACAUGCGCUUGAGGAAUCGUUCCUAA